AUGGUGGCUCAGUCUUCCCACCGAGAUGAGUAUGAGGAGCGAAUGCCCAGUGUACAAGAAGCUGCCACCGCCGGGACUACUGUCCAUGAAUCCAUUGCAGCCAUUUUCGAACUCGUUGCUCGCCUCGAACAUCGUGCCUACGACCUCAACUACAUUGGCCUGGACGGCAACAUUGGAUGCCUCGUGAACGGCGCGGGCUUGGCCAUGGCUACCAUGGACAUUACCUCGCUGUAUGGCGGUUCGCCUGCCAACUUUCUCGACGUGGGUGGAGGCGCGUCGGAAGAGCAGGUGAAAAAGGCGUUCGAGAUCCUCGACAGCGAUGAUCAGGUCAAGUCGAUCUUGGUGAACAUCUUCGGUGGCAUCAUGCGCUGCGACGUGAUUGCUGCCGGUAUCGUGGCUGCUGUCAAGGACUUGGGUCUGAAGAAGCCGGUCAUUAUCCGUCUGCAGGGGACCAACGUGGAACCUGCGCGCAAGAUCAUUGCUGACUCGGGCAUCAAGAUGAUUGUGGCCGACGACCUCGAGGAUGCUGCCGAGAAGGCUGUCAAGAUCGCCGACAUUGUCGCACAGGCGGAGAAGGUCAAGAUUGGCGUGGAGUUUGCGGCGUAG